CGUCCUUACAUUCUUUAUCUAAUCUUAUUAGAGUUAAUCAAUAUCCUGUAUGUAGUUGUUUUAAUUUAUCGUUAAUUGAUUUUAUGUUUUCCAAUACGACAUUAUAUUUGCGACGUACAGGUGGUGUUUUAAUUUUUCUUAAUUCAUGUAUCACGAGUGAAUUAAAGUAAGAUUAGUGUGCUGUUCAAAUAGCUGAAAAAAAGCAAGGGUUUAUUGACUUUUUCAGUGGGUACUGCGGAUUUUCGGCCAUAUGUUAGGAUGAAAGCAAGUGUGGCGACACAGGCAAGCGCCUGGAUGAAGUUCAAGCUGCUGAUGUGGAAGAACUUCAUGCACCAAUGGCGACACAAGAAACAAACUCUGAUAGAGUUAAUUUUGCCAGUCAUCACCAUGGCGCUAGUGCUGAUACUACGCCAACAGAUAGAACCAGUGGUACAAGACACCAAAAUAUAUCCGCCGAUUAGAGCGCAUACUCUCAAUUAUUCUUUACCGGUAUUGAUCGGCAUGAACAUUACCCAAUUAUCAUUCGCAUAUUCUCCUGAGAACCCGAUGUUAGAUGAUGUUGUAAGGAGCGCUGUUGUAAAUUUGUUAAUACUGAAUAUAAGAGAUUUAUUACCUACCAUUUUCCCGGACCUGGCCGAGGUGGAGUUACGGCCUAGAAAUUUAAACAGGACAUUUAUUUUUGAAUUUCUAAAGAUCUUUGUCAAAGUUAAACCUUAUAAUAGUAGUGCAGAAUUAGAAGGUAUUUAUGGACAAGAGGAAGAAACGCAAAAAGUAUUAGCAGCUAUUGAAUUUGAUGACAAUAUGAAAGACGCAACUGAAUUGCCGAUAAAUAUAUCGUACGCGUUACGAUUUCCCGAAAGGCCUCGACUGAAUUCAUUCUACCUACAAGGAGGUCGCACAUGGCGGACAGAUGCCAUUUUUCCGGUUUUCGAAUUACCGGGACCAAGAUUUCCUUAUUCGUGGGAAGGAGGCAAUGAUCCCGGAUACGUCAAUGAAAUCUUCAUUGCGCUGCAACACGCUGUAUCAAUGGAACUAAUAUCGAGAAUGACCGGCAACAAUCUGCGUCGGUUCCCAGUCAAUUUGCAAAGAUACCCACACCCGCCGUACGUUGAGGACGUAGUUAUAGAAGCGUUGCAGCUUUUAUUUCCCAUGUUUGUUAUACUAAGCUUCAGUUACACGGCUGUGAACAUUGUCAGAGCGGUUACCGUGGAAAAGGAACUACAGCUGAAAGAAUCGAUGAAAAUAAUGGGUUUACCUACAUGGUUACAUUGGACGGCGUGGUUUUGCAAACAAUUUCUCUAUUUAUUAUUUUCAACGGUACUCAUAGUCGUGCUUUUAAAGGUGAAUUGGUUUACAAAUGAACAAGGUUUCAACGAUUACGCCGUGUUUACUCAUACGCCAUGGACUGUUCUAUUCUUCUUUAUCACUUUAUAUUUAAGUUGCAUGAUAUUUUUCUGCUUCAUGAUCAGCGGCAUGUUUUCUAGAGGAAGUUCAGCGGCUCUGUUCGCUGGUGUUGUUUGGUUCCUGAGCUAUGUUCCUGCUGUUCUCUUAAGUCUAGAUUUUGAAGUGUCCACCGCAGUUCAAGUGUUGACCUGCUUCAGUAUUAACACAGCCAUGUCUUAUGGCUUUCAAUUGAUGCUGGCGAAAGAAAGUACCGGCGGCAUCCAAUGGGGCCAAUUCAUGACAUCCAACGAGGUGGACUCUUCGCGCUUCGUGUUCGGGCACGUGAUCAUCAUGUUGUUGGUCGACUCCGUGCUCUACAUGCUAAUUGCUUUGUACCUUGAGAAGGUGCUACCCGGGCCGUACGGCGUUGCGCAGCCGUGGUACUUCCCCUUCAUGCGAGAAUUUUGGUGCCCUCAGCAGAAACUCGUACCGGAUGAUCAUAUUGAUGAGGAUAGUAAUAUAAUAAAAGAGAAAGAUCCACUUGGCCACGAAAUCGGAGUCAAAAUAACUAAUUUAACGAAAGUAUACGGCAACAACAUAGCAGUAAAUAAUUUAAAUUUAAACAUAUACCAAGACCAGAUAACAGUACUAUUAGGGCAUAAUGGCGCGGGAAAAUCCACAACAAUCUCUAUGAUUACCGGUAACGUAGAGGUGACUCGCGGUACAGUAUGGGUGGCGGGUUACGACGUACGCAAGCAUUUGAAUGAGGCCCGCGCUAACCUCGGCCUGUGCCCACAACAUAAUGUGCUGUUCAACGAGCUUACAGUCAAAGAACAUCUACAGUUCUACGCAAGACUCAAAGGAUACACGGGGCAACAGGUCCACGAUGAAGUGGAUAUGCUUAUAAGCAAUUUAGAAAUGCAAGACAAACGCGACUACCUAGCGGGCGGGUUGUCUGGUGGGCAGAAGCGGCGGCUGUGCGUGGGAAUCGCGCUCAGCGGCGGUGCUAGCGUGGUGCUGCUCGACGAGCCCACCUCCGGCAUGGAUCCCGCCUCUCGUCGAGCGCUCUGGGACUUAUUGCAGAAAAUGAAGAAAGGUCGUUCAAUGAUCCUGACUACGCAUUUCAUGGACGAGGCGGAUAUCCUGGGUGACCGCGUGGCGAUCAUGUCUAGCGGCCGGUUGCAGUGCGUCGGCUCACCGUACUUCCUCAAGCAACACUACGGAGUCGGAUACACACUGGUUGUUGUUAAAAAAGAAGACUUUUCAUCAGAUAUGUGCACUGAAAUCAUCAAUAAAUAUAUACCGAAUACAUCGAUAAAAGAAGACCGAGGUACAGAAGUAACUUAUGCGUUAACAAAUAAUUACUCGUAUAUAUUUGAGGAUAUGUUAAACGACCUUGAGAGUAACGCUGAGAAAAUACAGUUCAAGAAUUAUGGAUUGGUUGCAACAACAUUGGAAGAUGUCUUCAUGUCGGUGGGUUCUGACGUAGAGCUUCAAUCGGACGUGGACGACACAGCGACUGUGUGCACCUCGACCAGUGGCAUUGAAGAUAUUCUGAAGUACGAGUGGGGAACGACUUCUACAGACCAACUGGAUAAACAAGAGGAGAACUUAAGUGGCUACCGUCUGACGUGGCUGCACGUGGUGGGCGUGUGGCAGAAGCUGUGGUGGGUGUGGAGCCGGUCGUGGGGCGUGCUCGUGCUGCAGGUGCUGGUCCCGCUCGUCAUGAUCAACGCUACCCUCGGCGUGCUGCAGUACAUCGUCUCUACUGUACCAACUAUACAGUCCCGGGCGCUCACUCUAGCUCAAGGAUAUUUACCAACGGAGACGUUGUUAAGUUACAAUCUAACGUCAGAAUCGACAAUGGGUGGCUUGAUGAAGUUGGGUUACGAGUUAUUCUUCGGGAGCAGCGAGUCAGACGCGAUGGAACUUACAGUACUCGACGACCAAACAAUCGAUGAUUAUUAUAUGGAGCAAAUGGAGAAUUCAAUAACGCGUGGCUAUAUCCGCAAUCGUAUGCUGAUCGGCGCAUCGUUCACCGACGAUUCAGCGACGGCGUGGUUCAGCAAUUUCGGCUACCACGACGUUGCUACAUCGCUGGCCACAAUGCACUCUGCUAUACUCAAAGCGUGGAAUUCCACCGCCAAUAUCAAUGUUUUUAAUCAUCCCCUUAGAGCAGUCUACAGAGAUCAGGGGAACUUACAAAUAAUGAUCACUCUGUUAUCGAUGCAAAUCGCUAGCAGUGUCGGAAAUAGUUUGGGGAUAAUAAGUGCUGCCUUCGUUAUGUUCUACGUCAAGGAGCGUGUGUCUCGUGCUAAGCUACUGCAAAAGGCGGCCGGUGUUCAACCCGUGGUGCUGUGGGGCGCCGCCGCGGUCUUUGAUUGGUUCUGGUAUCUUCUAAUAUCCGUCACCAUAAUCAUCUCCUGCGUCGCCUUCGAUGUCAUUGGACUAUCAACUACUACGGAAUUAGGACGUUUGUACCUCUGCUUGAUGAUCUACGGGGCCGCCAUGUUACCGAUGCAUUAUCUCCUUUCGCAUGUGUUUUCUGGACCGGCACUCGGUUUCGUGAUUAUGUUCUUUAUUAAUGUAUUGUUUGGAAUGAUGGGAUCCCAGAUUGUCCAAGCUUUGGCCUCACCACAGUUAGACACGAAGGAAGUGGCCGACGUUAUGGAUAAAGUUUUACAAUUUUUCCCCUUGUAUAGCCUUGUCACGUCUAUCAGGAGUUUAAAUCAAAUAGGCUUGACGGAGUACACGUGCAUGCAGAGCUGCGACUAUUUGGCCGCCGUCUUGCCAAAUAUGAGAGAAUGCACGAUGGAGAUUCUUUGCGAAUCCUUCUCUGAAUCAUGCUGCGUCCGUGAAAACCCGUACUUCGAUUGGGAGGAGCCGGGUAUCCUGCGAUACCUCGUGUUUAUGAUAAUCUCCGGUAUUGUCUUUUGGCUUCUGCUGAUGAUGAUCGAAUACAAAUUGAUUCAAAAGAUAUUUGCUCGUGAGAAAGCCCCUCCGGCGGUGGCCGAGGGUGAGUUGGACGAGGACGUGGCGGAUGAGGGGCGCCAUGUGCAGCGCAUUGGCAACUCCUCGCUUGCUCAGCACGGACUUGUAGCGAGGAACCUCUCUAAAUACUACGGGAAGCAUCUGGCUGUUGAUCAAGUGUCCUUCAGCGUUAGCGACGGUGAAUGUUUCGGCCUGCUCGGUGUGAAUGGCGCUGGCAAAACCAGUACGUUCAAGAUGUUAAUGGGCGAUGAGGCUAUCUCCAGCGGUGAAGCAUACGUCAGUGGUUAUUCGGUCAAAAAACACAUCACCAAAGUCUACGAGAAUAUUGGUUACUGUCCCCAGUUCGACGCAGUGUUUGGAGAGCUGACAGGACGAGAAACGUUGCUGCUGUUCUCUUUAUUCCGCGGUCUGCCAUACAAGAACUCAGACGUACGAGCCGAAAUUCUUGCGGCAUCGCUCGGCUUUACUAAACAUUUAGAUAAAAGGGUAGAGCAGUACUCUGGCGGCAACAAGCGCAAACUGAGUACGGCGGUGGCGCUGCUGGGCCGCACGCGGCUGGUGUUCGUGGACGAGCCGACGAGCGGAGUGGACCCGGCGGCCAAGCGGCAGGUGUGGCGCGCGGUGCAGGCGGCGCGGCGCGCGGGCCGCGGCGUACUGCUCACCUCACACAGCAUGGAGGAGUGCGAGGCGCUCUGCUCUAGGCUCACCAUCAUGGUCAAUGGACGCUUCAAGUGCCUGGGCACGCCCCAACAUCUCAAGAAUAAGUUCUCCGAAGGCUUCACUCUAACGAUUAAAAUGAAAAUGGAUGAAGAUGGAACACCAAAUGAGAAUACAGUUGUGUCUGUGAAGAACUUCAUCAAUUGCAAUUUCACCGAUCCAAAACUCAUGGAAGAGUAUCAAGGUCUAUUGACAUACUACUUACCGGACAGAAGCAUGGCUUGGUCUAGAAUGUUCGGCAUUAUUGAGCGCGCCAAGCGAGAGCUGGAGGUGGAAGACUACAGCAUAUCGCAGACCACGCUCGAGCAGAUAUUCCUGCAGUUCACUAAAUACCAAAGGGAAGGUAUUCAGCAAAGUUCUUUGUAGUGCCCGGUGUUUUGGAAAAUUGUUUACUGCCUUACUAAUUUCAUGAUAGGUCGUUGAAGAUUAUAAGAUGCAAUCUGUGGGCCUAGCAUAAAUAUUUGUGACAAUCGCCAUCAUAUCGUUAUCGAAAAAUUUUGUAUUAAAAUUUGUGCA